GUCGUCGACAGUUUUGGUACAGCGCGAGCAUGGAGGUCUUCGCCGAGCGCACGGUGGGCAAGGUCCGGAAGCUCCUCGGGAAGCGGGACAAGGACAAGGAGCUGCGCGAGAGCUGUGACGAAGUGCUCUCGCACCUCAAGGCGGGGACACCGAAUCUGCCCGAAGAGACAUGCGUCGGCCCGCUCUUCCUCGCGAUCCUCUCCAAGCAGAGCAAGAUCACGUGUCUCGCCAUGGACUGCCUCGAGAAGAUGAUGGCCUUUGGCUACCUAAAAGGCGACCAGCCAAUCUCGACGAGCCUUCAGGAUCGCCUGCAGCGUGCGCUGCAUCUCACGGACGAGACCAUGAACACGACGCCGACGGGGCGCAUGCUGCUCAUCGACGCGGUCAUCGAGGUCGUAUGCAGCUGCAACGACCACUCAGAAAACGACGUUCAGCUGCAAGUGCUUAAGGCUGUGCUCACGGCGGUCGUGAGCCCAACAUGCGAAGUCCACGAGCACUCGCUGCUCAAGGCCGUCCGCGCCGGCUACCAUAUCUACCUCGUGAGCAAGAGCAUCAUCAACCAAACGGUCGCGAAAGGAACGCUGCAGCGCAUGGUAACGACGGUCUUCCAGCGCAUGGAGGCGGCGGCGACGGCCGAGCACCUCGCGACGCCCAAGCGGUCGCAGUCGAUCGUCGCCCACACGCACACGGCCAUGUAUCCCUCGGUCCAAGCGGCGUUUGGUUUCCAGUACAACUCGCGCCGACUGCAGUCGUCCAAGACGCUGGGCGAAGACCACGCCGUGCUCUUCCCAAGCGUGCUGCACAAGGACGCGUACCUCGUGUUCCGAGCGAUCUGCCGCAUCUCGAUGCGGUUUGUUGUCGAAGACGCUGUCGGUGGCCACGUCUCGCCGUCGCAGCCGUCGGCCGACGACCCAUUUGCGCUCCAGAGCAAGAUGAUCUCGCUCGAUUUGCUGCUUGCGAUUAUCAACCAAGCCGGCCCCACGUUUCGGCAGAACGAACGAUUCCUUGUUGCGAUCCGGUCGUACCUCUGCGUCUCGCUGCUGCAAAACUGCACGUCCAUCUACACGCAGGUCGUCGAGCUCAGUCUCCGCGUCUUUGUCGUGCUUAUCACGAAUUUCAAAGCGCACCUCAAAGGCGAGAUUGAGGUCUUCAUCACCAAUAUCUUUUUGACGAUCCUCGACUCGGAGAACUCGACGUACGAACACAAGAUGCUCGUGCUCGAGGUGCUCAACCACAUUUGCGACGACCAGCUCAUUCUGAGCGAAAUCUUCCUCAACUACGACUGCGACUGGGAGUCCAUCGACCUCUUCAAGCGCAUUGUUCAUGCGCUCGCCAAAGUGACGAAAAUGACCAAGAAGGAAACGCCGACCACCAACGUGCGCCAGCUCAAGCUCCAGCAGCAAGAAGCUGCCCUUGUGCUCAAGGGCCUCGAGUGCCUCGCUGCGAUCGUGCACUCGCUCAAGAAGGCGGCCAACUUUAUCUCAGAGGCUGCGCCGCUCCGCGCGUCCGAAAACGACAACUCGGACAACGAAGAGAGCGCGGUGUGUGACGAGCCGAUGGUGUCGUCGUCCCGCACGUCGCUUGUUGUCGAAGUUUUUGACAAGAAGAAGAAGCGCCAGGACCUCCUAAGCACGGGCAUUGUCAAGUUUAACGUCAAGGCGACCGAUGGCAUCAAAUUCUGCAUGGCGCACGACCUCAUUGAGAAGAACAGCGCACGGGCCGUUGCGCAGUUCUUCCAUGCGUACAACAGCCGCCUCGACAAGUUUCAGAUUGGCGAGUACCUUGGCAAAGAGGCGCAGUACCAAAGCGGGUUUUGCGUCAAAGUACUGCACGAAUUCGUCGAUCAAAUGGAUUUCCACCACCUCAACGUCGACGACGCGAUCCGCAAGUACCUCGAAGCGUUUCGGUUGCCCGGCGAAGCGCAAAAGAUCGAUCGGAUGAUGGAAAAGUUUGCCGAGCGGUACCAUCUCAACAACCCGGGCGUGUUUCCGUCGGCUGACACGGCGUUCAUUUUGAGUUUCUCGAUCAUUAUGCUCCAGACGGAUCUGCACAAUCCGUCGAUUCCGGAAGAGAAGAAAAUGUCACGCGACGGCUUUGUCCGCAACAACCGCGGUAUCAACAACGGCGAGGACCUCCCGGCCGAGUACCUCGGUGGCAUCUACGACCGGAUCAAGAGCCUUCCGAUCUCAAUCAAGGAAGAUAUGGAGCGCGUGAAACUCAAGCGCGAGACGAGCUCGAGCUUCCCCAUGUCGGCGUCGGUCCUCGACAAGCAGCGGCGUGAGGCGUACGGGAAGGAGCGCGAGGCCAUGGUCAAGGCGUCCGAAGCCUACUUCAAGCGCAAAGUCGCGCCGACGGCGUCGCCGCUCUCGGACGACGACCGCGGCUUCCACGUCGUGCGCGACGAUCGCAACAAUGCGUACAUUCGGCCCAUGUUUGAGAUUGUGUGGGCGCCCUUGCUUGCGUGCUGCAGCGUGCUCUUUGAGACGCUCGAUGCGCCAGUCGCGAUCCAGUACUGCCUCGACGGCUUCAAGCACGCUAUCCACCUCAGCGCUCGGCUCGGCAUGAGCUCGGAGCGGGACGCGUUCGUGUCGAUUCUGGCCAACUUUACUGCCGUCCAGCACUCGGCGACGCGCGAGAUCCGCGGCAAGCACAUUGAAGCCAUGAAGACAUUGGUGGCAAUUGCGGUCAAGGAAGGCAAUUUCCUCGGCGACUCGUGGCGCGAUGUGCUGCAAGCACUCUCCCACCUUGCCCGCCUCCAGCUGCACGCGCAAGGGCUUCAAUGCGACACGCAGUUCUUUCCCGUGAUCACAUCGCCCGUGGCGCCGAUGCCCCUCCCAAAGAAACUCUCUUCGUUCCAGACGGCGACGCUUCUUCUCAACAACCCGUUCACGCCCAGCCACAGCAAUGGUAGCUUUAGCAGCAAUGCGUCGCCCAAGCCGUUCAAGCCGCUGGCGCCGCCGACCGAAGACAACACGGUGGCUAUGGAAGCCCGCAACGCCCAGCGGCUCAUGGACCAAGUCGACGGCCUCGCGAGCGACCGCGUCUUUGCGAGCUCGGCGCUGCUCUCGGACGCAGCCGUCCAAGAGUUUGUGUUGGCGCUCUGCGUUGUGUCGCUGAGCGAGUGCCAAGGCCUCGCGGCCGUCGGCAUCUCGGUGCGGGGCGCGGUGCUCUCUCUGCCCCGCGUCUUCUCGCUCCAGAAGCUCGUCGAAGUCGCCGAUAUGAACAUGCACGUGCGGUCGCGCGUCGUCUGGGCCAACAUGUGGAACGUGCUCUCGCGCCACUUUACGGCCAUUGGGUGCCACGACAACCUCGGACUCGCCAUGUACGCGAUCGACUCGCUCAAGCAGCUCAGCAUGAAGUUUCUCGAGAAGGACGAGCUCCGGGACUUUAACUUUCAGCGUCUCUUUUUGACGCCGUUCCAGAUCAUCAUUUCCAACGCGAUGGCAACCGAAGUCCGCGAACUCCACAUCAAGUCGGGCUGGAAGACCAUCUGGGGCGUCCUUCGCGUCGCGGCCGAGUCGUACGAUCGCUUCGAAGAGUCGGAAGACCGCGUCGUGCUCAUGGGCUUCCGCAUCGCCAAGAUGAUUCUAAACGACCAUUUCGAGCGCGUCCUCGCCGUGCUUCAGGAUGUUCUCGACACGCUCCUCCUCUUUGCGUCGGUCGGCAACGACGCGGCCGAGGCCGAGCGGCCCGACUUGCAUGCCAUGUGCUUGGAGUCGAUUUCGCUUGUCGGUGUCUGUCUCGGACACGUGGCAUCGGGACACGUUAUCGAGCACUUGGACGUGCUCUCGCCGCGCCACAGUCCGUCGUCGCACGAGCUCGAGUACACGGACCAGACGCAGCACACGCACGUGUGGCUACCAGCGCUGCACCCGCUCUUCGUGCUCGCAAGUGAUCCGCGCCAGAGCAUUCGGCACAUGGCGCUCGACACGCUGUAUGGGAGCUUGCAUCGCCACGGCCAUGUGAUUGGCGCGAGUCUCUGGCACGUCAUCUUCAAGACGAUUCUGAUCCCGCUCAUGGAGCACAUCCGGCGCAUCGAGACGCACUCGUCGUCGGUCUUUAACCGCAAGACGUCCAAGAAGGCGCUGUUGGCGCUCGUGCAUUUGUAUGGGUCGUACUUCAAGGUCGUCGCCCACGUGCCCGAGAUCGUGCACCUUCUCGCGCACUGGCUCACGGACGAGCCCGAAGAGCAGCUUGCGUGCGCGGCGGCGAUCGCACUCGAGCACCUUCUGCUCGAGCACGGACACCAAUUUGACGACGAGAUUUGGGACAGCCUCACGUUUUCGCUCACGUCGAUUGCCAAUCAUUUGGUCCCGCACUGGCUCUUUCCGCCGCCGACCGUCGCCGCAGAGAAGACGACGCCGCCUGCCGAGGCAACCAUGUACCCGAGCGUGCGCGCGGCCUUGUUUCCGACGACGUGGACCAUCACCAAGGCGCCGCCGCUCACGCACAUGCUGGUGCUCCUCGAGCUCCAACGCAUCCUCGGCAACGUCCUCGUGCACAUGGCGUCGCUGCCACGGCCGUGUUUCGAGUCGCUCUUGGCCUGUCUUCUCGACACGUGUGUGGUCGCCCGCCGCGUCAACGACGCCGUGGACGUGCGCGAGGCGCUGUAUGCACUCGAGUGGCGCUACGGCAGCCUCGCGUCGGGCGAGCUCCCGCAUUUGCUGUCGCAAGAGAUUGCAGGGACGCGCGAGUACUUGAAAGUGCUCGUGCACAAUUUGGACGCGAUGCGCGGGCCGUUUGCAGAGCUCGUGCAGCGCACGUUGGCCGAGUACUUGGCGUGGAGCCUCGAGAAGCCCGAGCCGACGUGGCUUAGCGUCGACCAGCACCAGCGGUCGUUUGGGUACGUCCCGCUCGUCGUCGACAUGCUGCAGACGAUUGCGACCUUUUCCGAAGACGAGAUGCUGCGCCACUUGCCGUGGCUCUACCCGCAGCUCAUCGAGCUCAUUAGCGUGCAAAGCCUCGAUGUCCGUCGGGCGCUCCGGGGCGUCUUUGGCUCGAGCAUCCAGCUGCUUUUGCCACUGCACAGAUAGAGGCUACGAUGGCGAC